AGAAAGAAAAUAAGAGAGCGAGUGUUGAGUAAUUUAAUGAAAAAGAAAAAUAUAGAGAAAAGAUAGGGAUAGUUUGAGAGAGAGAGAGAGAGAUUAUUGAAUAUAUAGAGCCAUAACUGAAAUAAAACUUCAACAAUGUCUGAAAAAUUAAAUAGAUGCCAUCCCAAUUCAUUUGUUGAUAAAACUUUAGCUAUUAUUAAACCAGAAGCUGUGAAAUACGCUGAUGUUAUAGAAGAUAUUAUUCUACGAACAGGUUUCACUAUUAUCAAUAGACGCCGUGUUCACAUGACACCAGAACAAGCCAGUGACUUCUAUAGUGAACAUUUUGGUAAGAUGUUCUUCACCAAACUGGUGGAAUAUAUGAGCCAGGGACCCAUUAUCUGCCUUAUAAUAGCAAGGGACAAUGCUUUAACUACUUGGGAGGAGCUGAUGGGGCCUACAAAUACAUUCGUUGCACGAGAAACCUAUCCAGAUAGCAUCCGUGCAGUCUAUGGCACUGAUGACAUGCAAAAUGCUGUCCAUGGCAGUGAGAACAUUACAUGUGCCGAGAAAGAAAUAAAAUUCUUUUUUCCAGAUAGCAUUCCUGACAAUUUGCUGUCUCCUGGAGCAAUGGAUAAUUAUAUGUCAAAAUUUAUAAACCCAACCUUAUUAAAAGGACUGACACAAUUGUGUAAGGUGAAACACGUGGAUCCUAUAACUUGGCUUGCUGACUGGCUCACUGAAAACAAUCCCAACAAGCCACAAGUGAAAUACAAUUAGAUGAUAAUAAUAAACAUCUCAAAUUCA